UGUGUGUGACGGUGUGAGGAACUGUAGUUUAAACAAGUCUCCCCCAUGUACAGGCUCCGGUUGGUUUUGGUGAGGUAGAGCGACCCCCCCACCUACCGGAGGACUCGCGCGACAGCGGCAGAUUUAGCAAAGCUCCGUCGCGAGAAGUGUCUGGAUAGAGAGCUCGCGCACCGCCACCGGGCCGCCGUUUGUAAAGAUAACAUUAGCAAUGAGUGGUGCUGUGAAUUUCAAGAACUGCGGCUCUGUGCUGGUAACGGGAGCCAGCCGAGGGCUCGGGCUGCAGAUAGUCGACAGCCUGGCGAGUGGAGGUUUCUCACCCGGUAAGAUUAUAGCCACGACCAGAGAGCCGGCGAGAGCACAGAAACUUCAGGAACUGGCACAGAAACAUCCCAACAUCCACAUAGUCACACUGGAUGUAGUGAACCAGGCGAGUAUAGAGGGGUCUGUAGAAGAGGUGGGGCAGCUGCUACAACAACAGGGUCUGAACUGCCUGAUCAACAAUGCAGGGAUCAACGUGGUGGCCGACUUCCAUACGGUCACUGCAGAGAUGAUGAUAGAAAACUUCCAUACUAAUGCUGUGGCUCCUCUAAUGAUCACCAAGGCCUUCCUGCCUCUGUUGAAGCAAGCUGCGUCCAGAGGAGGAGCAGGUGGCACAGGGAGCAUGGGCAUCCAGAGGGCAGCAGUCAUCAACGUGACCUCUCUGCUGGGCUCUGUGGAGCUCAACUGGGGGGAACGGGCCAACAACUUCAAAUGGUACCCCUACAGGACAUCCAAGAGUGCCCUAAACAUGGUGAGUCGCUCUAUGGCUGUAGACCUGGAGCCUCAUGGGAUUCUCUGUAUGGCUAUACACCCUGGCUGGGUCCGCACUGACAUGGGAGGGUCGCAGGCUCCACUGAGUCCAGAGGAGAGCGUUUCUUCCGUCUUGUCUGUGAUUGGUGGACUGACUGAAAAGGAUAAUGGGUCAUUUCUGAACUUUACAGGAGAGGUGUUGCCUUGGUGAUCCUUUUCAUCAAAGUAAUGAGUAGGAUGAUUAUUAUUAUUAUUAAUAAUAGAUCCUAAUGGCUGUUUAUUCAGUUCGGAAUAACUUCAGCUAUGCAAAAGUGUUACAAACAGUGAGUGUUAAUAAUCUUAAUGG